GAGGGCAAAAACUCCAAACGGCACUUACCACCCGAUCUACACGACAUACGGCUGUCGCCGCCUUCACCAUUCAAAUAAUACUGUAGGGUUUUUCUGUCUCCUCACUUAAGCGCCUCAGUCGGCGUCAGUACCGCCCCAUAAACCCCAACCCUCCCGCCCAAUAAGCCUCUUCUCCUUAAACCCCUACACUUCACACUUUCAUUCCUCUGUACUAUUUCAGUACAGAAGGAAAAAAAAAGAAGUCUCUUUGAGAUGAGGAGAACACAAGAGAUAAUCCAAUUCACUAAACAGCCCUACAUUGAAGAUGUUGGUCCUAGAAAAAUAAAAAGCAUUCAAUUUUCUCUAUUCUCAGAGGCGGAAAUUUUGAAGUUAGGAGAAGUUGAAGUCUACCGUGGGGUUUACUAUGAAUCUACUAAAAAGCCUAUUCCUAAUGGCUUGUUAGAUCCCCGCAUGGGGCCUCCAAACAAGAAUGGGGGUUGUGAAACAUGUCACGGGAACUUUAGAGAGUGUCCAGGUCAUUACGGAUACUUGGUGCUUACUCUACCCGUUUAUAAUGUUGGAUAUUUAGGGACGGUGGUGGACCUCUUGAAGUGCAUAUGCAAGUGCUGCUCCUCAAUACUUCUAGAUGACAAGGAGCGUCGAGUCUUUUUGAAGAAGAUGAGAAACCCAAGAACUGAGCCUUUGAUGAAGAGUGAACUACAGAAAAAGGUUGUGAAAAAGUGUACUUCCAUGACAAGUGGCCAGAAGACUGUCACAUGUUCCAAAUGCGGAUACAUGAAUGGUAUGGUGAAAAAGGGCCAGUUAAAAAUCAUCCAUGAACGAGGAAAUCGUUUCUUGGAUGAGUUUAAUGCGGCUAUCUCUCACAAGAUAGAGCUCAAGACAUCUGUUAGUGUACCUCCAGAAAUUGAUCCAAAAGCAGUUUACUCCCUUUUUAAGAAUAUGUCUGAUGAGGAUUGUGAGCUACUCUACCUCAGCGAUAGACCAGAAAAACUUCUUGUCACAAGUAUUCCAGUGCCACCAAUAGCUAUUCGCCCUUCAGUAUUUGUGGAUGGUGGAACACAGAG